UCAGAUAGUCGUAUCUGCACGAUACUGCCUUACACGUGAGCCUGGAAAGCAAUGUAGAGUGCUUUCAUUUUCAUGCGUGCGACGAAAACGAAUACAGCACAAAAUUUGACGAGUUAACAGAACUUAUAAGUUAUAGAUUCAAGGUUUUCAUUGCGUGAAAACGGUUCUGCAAAAAUGAUUUCCGCUUGCCUUGAGUUCCUUGGAAUGGGGCUGAGCAUCUCUGGGACAUUUCUGGUAAUGGUGGCAUGCGGUUUGCCGAUGUGGAAAGUGUCGGCUUUUAUUGAAGGCAACAUCGUUGUGGCUCAAAACAUAUGGGAUGGACUGUGGAUGUCCUGUGUUGUCCAGAGCACGGGCCAGAUGCAGUGUAAAGUGCACGACUCCGUGCUUGCGCUUACCACGGAUUUGCAGACCGCUCGUGCCCUCACUGUGAUUUCUGCCGUUAUGGGUGUGAUGGGACUGACGGUGACCAUUGCUGGCGCUCAGUGCACCAAUUGUAUCAAAACCGAAGCAGUCAAAGCCAGGGUCGUCAACGCCGGCGGAGUAACCUUCAUCAUCAGUGGUUUGUUUGUUUUAAUACCCCUGUGUUGGAUCGCAAACAACAUCAUCUCAGACUUCUACAAUCCUCAAAUCCUGCCGUCGCAAAAGCGGGAGAUUGGAGCCGCGCUUUACAUUGGAUGGGGCGCAGCCGCGCUCCUGUUCGCUGGAGGCACAAUUCUUUGCUGUUCCUGUCCACAACAUUUGAAAUCCUCAUUUCCAGUCAAAUAUGAACCGUCAAAAAGUCCAAUUCAAAACGGAGACUAUGGCAAACGAAAUUACGUGUGACAGUGGCAGGACUUAAUUUACAAGCAAUCACUUGGACAUUUUGGCGACCAAAACCAAAUAUGUUGAGUGCAAAUUAUUGCCAAAAUGAAGAAAUUCAGGUCAUGAGAAAAGCAUGCUGUUCUGACAAAUUAAGCUCAUGUAGAAGAGUUUAGUCAAAGGAAGAAAGAUGUUUGACCGUAGUUAAACUUUUAGUAUCUGUUAUUUAUGCUACCCUACAUUUUCAGAUUGAAUCUCUCCCGUCUUCACUAAUUCUUUUUCUAUUUCUGGAAAAGACUGGGGUGUAUAUUACAGUUAUUGCCGCAUUCAUUUUAUUUUACCAAGAGUCACGUGAUAUUUCAUUUUUUUUCGCCUUGUUUACGCACCACCGAUUAGGUACGGUCUGUGGCCCACAAUAAUGCCCAUACCGUCCUGUGAGUAGUGUCUGUUGUUCUGCUAUAAUGUUUGGUCACUUCACUGUCCUAUCACUGCUUAAAUACUUUAUCAGGGAUUCACAGCCAUACACUGCGUUCACUCAAAUACGCAUUCAUUCAUGUACAUAAACAAUGGAA